AUGAGUACACCGGAGCAGAAUCACGAUGGUCGGAUCUCUACUCCCCCCACCGCAUCGUCGUCGGAUCCCAAGGCUCCUCCUCCACACUCAUCUGACUAUGCUCCUUACCCUAAGAUCGACCCUAACGAAGUUACUCCUCCGCCUCCUGCUCCAAUCUCCGGCAAUACAGCCACCACCAUGCCGCCGGAGUCCAAUCCUUACGUCUCUCCUUCCCCUGUUCCCAAGACAGACGCCACCAAGAAGGCCGAAGAUCUCGCCGGAAACGUUUGGCAACACCUGAAGACAGGUCCGAGUGUAGCCGAUGCUGCUGUUGCGAGGAUUGCUCAGGGGACAAAAAUAAUUGCAGAAGGUGGAUAUGAAAAGGUCUUCAAGCAAACAUUUGAUUGUGUUCCUGAUGAGCAACUUCGUAAGAGCUAUGCUUGCUACUUGUCUACAUCUGCUGGUCCUGUGAUGGGAGUUAUGUAUCUUUCGACACACAAGCUUGCGUUCUGUAGUGACAAUCCUCUCUCUUACAAAGAAGGUGAUCAGACUCAGUGGAGCUAUUACAAGGUGGUACUUCCGUUGAACCAGCUGAAGGCAGUGAACCCAUCAACAAGCAGAGUUAACACAUCUGAGAAAUACAUACAAGUGAUUUCCGUCGACAAUCACGAGUUCUGGUUUAUGGGGUUUGUGACUUAUGAUAGUGCUGUGAAGAGCCUUCAAGAAGCAGUUCAGUCACAUGGUCCAUGA